AUGGCCGGCAGAUUGUUGGCAGGAAAGGUGGGAAUAGUAACAGGGGCCUCGAGAAGCAUCGGGGCUGCCAUUGCUGAGAAUCUCGCUUCUAAAGGGUGUAACUUGGUCCUCAACUACACCUCCAAAUCAUCUACAGCCCUCACGAAAGAGCUCUCCAAGAAGCUCGAGGGAAAAUAUGGAAUCCAAACCGUCGGCGUGCAGGCAGACCUGGGCACUCCCCAAGGACCAUUAGCCCUUAUCGAGGCCACCAAGAAGCACUUCUCUUCCUCGCCGCCAACGCCGCAGAAAGACUACAAGUUCCAGCUCGACAUCAUAGUCAACAAUGCCGGCGUCGCAAAGAACGACAAGCUGGCCGACAUCAAGAUUGACGACUUCGACUUCACCUACAAGGUGAACGUCCUCGGGCCCCUGCUUCUCAUGCAGGCAGCCGCACAGUACCUACCGAGGGACCGCUCCGGCCGCGUCGUCAACCUGUCCUCCAUCAGCUCCGACUGCGGCUUCCUGGGCCAGUCGGUCUACGGCGGGUCCAAAGCUGCUAUGGAGGCAAUGACGCGGGUGUGGGCGCGCGAGCUGAGCGAGCGCGCUACCGUCAACGCUAUCAACCCGGGCCCCGUCGAGGGUCCCAUGUACGCCGCCAACAGCGACGAGUUCAAGGCCGCCAUCAAGGGGUGGAUCGAGCACGCGCCCCUGAUGAGGGCGCGCGAGGGCGUCGACGCCCCCGAGGUCGUCGAGGCGGCCAGGGCUGAGGGCGGGAGGCCGGCCUACGUGUCCGAGAUCGCGGGCAUCGUGGGCAUGCUGUGCACUCCCGAUGCUGCCUGGUGUACGGGCCAGGUUGUCUGUGCCAACGGCGGCUUGUUGAUGAAAUAG